AUGUAAAACACCCUGAAGAAGAAAAGAGUACUGAGGAAAGUGAUAGUUAAAUUACUCAAUAAAGAUCUUAAGAUUAAGUUAGACUAUUUGAGGUGGAUUAAGUUUUAUAGAGAUCAUAGAGAAGAUAUGGAUAAGAAAAAAAUGUACCUAAUAUUGGAGCCUUCUCAAACAAAAGCCUCUUAAUAGUUGCCAUAAUUGGCCAAAAGAAGGUAUCUAUCUUAGGUUGUAAUUCAUGUUUAGACUUAUGGUAAAUCAGGAAUAUCCUUUGAAAGUAUAUGA